GUGCGACGGUACAUAAUUAAUCGCACAAACUGAUACGAAUCUUGGCCAGUUUGUGUGUUAUGUGAGUGCGAUGUGCAGCAACGAGACUCCGAACGCCUCGCCGAGGCUACCCAUGCCCUUCUCGCUGGAGGCCAGCGGGCCCCGGGCCCUUUUACCCAUCGACCAGUACCGGCUGCAACUCUACCAGUAUGCCGUCGCCGAGCGGCUCCGUUACCCGCUCCUGAACCCGUUCCCGACGCCGCUGACGUGCUACCCCCUGUUCCCGAGAGCGCUCCAGCCCGAGGAGCCCAAGCCCCAGCACAGCUACAUCGGGCUCAUCGCCAUGGCGAUCCUCAGCUCGCCGGAGGGCAAGCUGGUGCUCUCGGACAUCUACCAGCACAUCCUGGACCACUACCCGUAUUUCAGGACCCGGGGGCCGGGUUGGAGAAACUCGAUCCGGCACAAUCUCUCCCUGAACGACUGCUUCAUCAAAGCGGGCCGGAGCGCGAACGGGAAGGGCCACUACUGGGCCAUCCAUCCGGCCAACGUGGACGACUUCCGCAAGGGGGAUUUCCGGAGGCGCAAAGCGCAGCGGAAGGUACGGAAGCACAUGGGGCUGGCGGUGGACGAAGACGGGGCCGACUCGCCGAGCCCGCCGCCGCUCUCGGUCAGCCCGCCGGUGGUGGCGGGGCCCUCUACGGCCGUCUAUCACACAGUGCCCACGCGCGGUCCUUCCCGGAAGCGUCAGUUCGACGUGGCCUCUUUGCUGGCGCCGGACUCGGGCGAAGAAACCACCGAAGAGGACAUCGACGUCGUCUCCAGCGACCAGCACCAGGAGGCCUCUCCAAAACAGUGGCCUAAUAUGUUUCCCAUUGUUAACUACUAUCAAGCUUUGUUACAAGCAAGGCCGGGUGCGACUGCAGAAACUGCCACAGAUACCACAGACUCUUAAGUGAUUUAGUGAAUUGUGUUUAAAGUGUAAGGUAAUUUAUACCUGAAGGCUGUCCGUUCCGUUUUUA